AUGACAACACUGCACGAAGCGUGUGCGCAUGGGGACGAGAGAGAGGUGCAACGCCUCUUGGCGACAGGCAACACUGAUGUAAACUCAGUCAACGAUGCGGGCGCAACACCGCUGUAUGUUGCAGCGCAAGCUGGCUGCGAUGCUGCCGUCCGCCUCCUCAUUGAUGUGGGAGCACACUUGGACCAUCAAGCCUGUGACGAAGCAACUGCACUGCAUGUUGCGAGUCAACACGGACACACGACUGUUGUUGACACACUGUUAAGCGCAGGCGCAAAUCCAAACGCAACCAACCAGGAGGGCGCAUCAGCGCUUGUGAUGGCAUGCCAGCAUGGUCACAGUUCUGUUGUAUCUUUGCUGUUGUCCAGUGGAGCAGAUCCAAACAUCGCAGCCAAGCAGGGCUGGACACCGUUGAUGCUUGCAAGCAGGAGCGGAUUCGAUGACAUUGUAUCGCAGCUGCUCCAGAAGGGAGCACAUCCAAACAUGGCAACAGCUACGGGCGAGACGGCGCUAAUGCUGGCCAGCUACAGCGGUCACGUGGCGACCGCGCAGUGCUUGCUGCAACAUGAAGCAGAUGUCCACCAGCAUGACAAAGAGGGGGACACAGCGUUGGACUGGGCACAACAGCGAGAGGAGCAAGGGAACGCAGCUGUGGUGCACCUGCUGAACGAGUUCAUUCGUGGCACAUCCACAGCAGCACAAGAGCAAGCGCCGACAUCAACAUCAAGCACAGUGAGAGUGAGUACACCAUCACCGGAACUUGCAACACCGACAAGAAGAACGCCGGCACGCCCUCCUGGCCUCAUUUUUAACAAGGAUGCAGCAACGCCGACCACAGCCACAUGCUCGCCGUUGCGUCGUGAGCCAACCAAGGCGCAGCAGCGGCUGUUGCCAACGCCACCACGCAGGCCCACGCCAUCAUCAGCACGCGUUACCAUCAACAAGCUGUCAUCACCAACACCGACAACUACCACGACGACGCCACGAAGACGGCGCCUCCCUCGCCGCCCAAGCAAACCGCAGCUCACACCCGCAGCAACCGUCUCACGCCCUUUGCCCCAGUAAACAAACGUACGUGA